UCCUAAAACUCACUCAACACAUAUCCUCUGUUAUGGAAUUGUCUCCUAGAUCAAUAGCUUUCAUUUUAAUCUUAUUUAUUAGCUAUUUCUUUUGUUUUGGUGUCGCUGUAGAUUGCGGUGGGAAGAAUGUUUCAUAUAUCAUUACUGUUGGUCGAUCUGACAAAGUGACGUUUAGAACAAUUCAAGUUGCCAUUGAUUCUAUAAAGAGUAACAAUGAUCAAUGGGUCAAGAUUCACAUAAAAGCUGGCUUAUAUAUAGAAAAAGUUCAUAUUCCUCUAGAAAAGCCGUGCAUCAUUUUAGAAGGAGAAGGCAGUCAAACUACAAUCAUAAGUUUCUCAGAUCACUCCUCAUUCAAACAAGGAACAAGUCAAAGUGGUACAUUCAUUUCCUCGUCAUCCAAUGUGAUUGCAAGUGACAUUACUUUCAAGAACUCAUAUAAUAUAGACGAUAAGGGAAGCAAUCAAAUAUUACCAGCAGUGGCGGCAACAAUAUAUGGAGACAAAUCUUUCUUCUUUAGGUGUAGUUUUGUAGGCUAUCAAGAUACUUUAUUUGAUGUGGGUGGACGCCAUUAUUUUAAAGAUUCUUACAUUCAAGGCGAAGUUGAUUUUAUUUUUGGUAAUGGACAAUCUUAUUAUGAGAAUUGUUUGAUUAAUGCUAUUGGAAGAAAUAGAAAAUUACCAGGUUUUGUCACGGCUCAAAGCAGAGACUCAUCAAAUGAUCCAGGUGGUUUUGUAUUUGAAGGGGGUUCUGUUAUAGGAAAUGGUGAAGUAAAUUUAGGAAGGGCAUGGCGUGCUUACUCUAGAGUUAUAUUUCAUAAUACAAACUUUUCUUCGAUAGUAACCCCUCAAGGAUGGAAUGCGGCAAGUUAUGGUGGCCAAGAGAAUAAGUUUACUUAUGCCGAAGUUGAUUGUAAAGGACCUGGGGCUGAUACUUCAAAGCGUGUUCCAUGGACGAAAAAAUUGAGUUCUUCACAGAUGAAAGAAUUUUCUUUAGCAUCUUUUAUCAAUAAAGAUAGUUGGCUUGAUAAUUUACCAACUAUCUCCCAGUAAUUUAUUUUUCCUAGCUUAAGUUGAGAUUUUUUGUAUGGACAAGUUUAGUUGGAUGAUCUCAAUUUAUCGAUCUUUGUAAGCUCAACUAAAAUGUAGUAAUUUUUCAUAUGAACAAUCUUAUAUAUUUGUAUUAAAUAAAA